AUGAGUGCUUCGGCAUUGCUGGUGUUGCCACCAGCGACUCACUUUGGCGACAAGGACCACUUCCACUCACUCGCCGUCACCGACCGGGAGCCAUCGGACGCUGACGCCGCCGAGUGGCGUUAUCAACACCAGAACCAGGCCUAUUACCCGGCCCUCCUCGACAUUGUCCUCGACUAUGCCGAGCACGACACGUCUUCGCUACUUGUAGCACGCAGCCUGAAUCGCGCGUUUAGGCAUCGUGUCGAUUCUCUCCUUGCACGGCAUGUCGCGUUCACCAGCAGACCAAACUCCAACCCCAACCCCAAGUCACACUGUUCCGCUGAACCUGCCGAUAAGGACGCCGAGGCAGCGACAGAGGCCGGGUGGCGCGCCAGCCUGUCCCACCGGUCUGGGCUACAGCUGCCCUUCCGCGCCGACCACACUCGCGUACAACAGCUACUCACCAAGACGCGCGUGAUCGACUUGCACGGCCACCCGUCGUGGCCAGUUUCGUCCAAGCUGUCCCAGCUGGUCCCCCAAGUCGCCACCGUCCGGCUCAAGCACUACCACACGGGCAUCUCCCUCCAGCCCUGCCCCGUCGUGUCCCAGACACUGGUCGUGUUCGCACACUUGCCGCUGUGCACACACGCCACACCGUCUGCAACCGCCACAGCCACGUCGGCGCCGUCGCGCGUGGGCCUGGUGCCACACGGAGUCGAGCGGGUCGUGCUUGUGUUGUCUGUCUCGCGUACCCGGCCGCGCGUGAGCGACUCGCACGCCCUCGCGCUCCGGCUUCUGCCUGCCACAGUGGGACAUGUUGUGGUGGCGCUCAAGCCCGUAGAGAGGGCCGAGUAUCCGUUAUCGCAUGCGCGGCACGAGCUGAGGGAUGUCUUGGGACAGGCGGUGUGCGAGAAUCUAGGCGUAGCGUUUGUGGUUGUUGGUAUGGAGGAGAUGGGCGCGGGGCUGCGUCUGGGAUGGGUCGAGGACAGCGUGUGCGCCUUGACCUGUGCCGAGUAUCGCGCACUCGUCGGUGAGGAGCAGUAUGAGCUCCAGACGACUGAGUAG